AUGUCAGAAGGUUGGGAGGAGCGAGGGACAACGUCUCAGCAUAAAGCCAUCAUCAAGGCUUGUUUCAACCAAGAAAUCCUUCGUGGCUGUGAAGAUGCCGAUUCCCAACGGUCUGUUCUUCUCAAAGAAAUUGUUGUACCUCUUGAAUCGCUUUUCAGAUCCCAAUGGGAAGGGGAGGAGUCUCAAAUCCUACCCAUUGUGUAUCAAGAUGUGCCGGAAUCAUUGCAUGCUACCGAAAUGCUUCGUGUGCCUGUUUCGCAGCCUCUUCUGCCCCUUCAAAAUCCUGUACCAGAGCCAUUAGAAACUGGUACAACUAUGACAUUCUCGACCACAAACUCACCCUCUACCAAAUGGCUUGAAAGGAUUGACAAGGAAUUUUGUGCUCUUCUGCGUGCAAAAAAAGCAGAUCGAAAGUCUUACAAGCCGGUGAAAAUUGCAGUCCUCGAUACUGGAAUUCAUCCUCAGCAUUACAACAUCACCCACAUUACCGGUUACAAAGACUUCGCGAUUAGACAUGCCAGAGAUGAAUGGCAUGUUGAUAUCAUCACCAUUGCCUCGGGCUUUGACGAUUACCAUGACUGCAUCCGCGAUGAAAUCAUAUCAGAAACGCCAAAUCCGCCACUGAUAUUCUCUGCCGCUUCAAACUAUGGGAACAUGGGACCAAUCGCAUUCCCCGCUUCCAUGCGUCAAUGCGUUAUGUGCAUGUUCGCCAGUAACGGACAUGCAAAACCUACACAACUAUCCAUCAAUCCAUCUGCACGAGAGAGUGGGGGGUCGAACUUCGCCAUUCUUGGAGAGGAUGUAGAGGUGCGAUUCUGCGAUGCAGAGCAACCUCGUCGACAUAGUGGUACUUCGAUUGCAACAUUUAUUGGAGCCGCCACUGCGGGUGUCUUGCUUGACUUUUCUAAGCAGCCUGUCUGUCAACAGGUCGUCAAUCCGUGCCAUUUGAAAAAAAUUGGGGGGAUGUCUGCUGUCUUUAAAAAAAUGUCUGUUGAAGACAAUGGGUAUAAUUGCAUUACACCGUGGUCAUUACUUCGGGGUAUCCGGAUUCCCAACACUUCGCAUGCCUCUCUUGAAGACCCGAUGACCAUGAGGCAAAAAGAGCUGAGCAAGAAGAUUUCAAAUUUACUCAUAGAUGCAGGACUAUGA